GUACCACAAUGUGGCGCUGUAAUGCAUUUUCUUAUUUCACAUAUUUAACUAUUGUAUAGUAUGAUUUCAAAUAAAGUAAUUAAAAUGUAAUAAAAAAAAAUUAACAAUUUUACAUGGAAGAAUACCUUUAAUCGCAGAAAUAUAUCCGAAUCAAUGUCAAAAACAGUUUAUAAUAAUGAUAAAAUUGUAUUAGGAAUGGCGCCAAGGUGUCGCCAUUUUCAUAAAACUUUACCAAGACGGUAAAUCGAGAAGGCUGAGGGGAGGAACAAUUCCUCAAAGUGUGUGUGUGCAUCCGAAAAUUGUUGGAAAAAUUGCUAAAAAGCAAGAAUAAUGUACUGGUCUGUGCAUCAAAAAGAAGGGGAUUAAGUUGAAUAUACAAAAAUGCAAGCUGAAAGUAUUUGCACGAAUGAUAUUGAGGGUCUGGACUCAGACACCCUUAUUCCUGUUGAAAUUCUUUCCUGUGAUGUAUCUCAUCGAGCACGCUCACAAGAUGCCUUAUCAAUAAUGGAAUUAGGAAGACAAUUACUUUUUAGUGCAAAAUAUGGGGAUACUGAUAGUGUUCGUGACCUAAUGUGCAGAGGUGCACCAUUUACCACAGACUGGUUAGGUACAAGUGCAUUGCAUUUUGCUGCACAAAAUAAUCAUACAGAAACUGCAGAAGUUUUACUUAGAGCAGGAAUUUCAAGAGAUGCAAGAACAAAAGUGGAUAGAACACCUUUACAUAUGGCUGCAUAUGAAGGCCAUCACCAGAUGACACAGUUACUUCUUAAUUAUGGUGCAGAUGUUGAUAGUAGAGAUAUGUUAAAAAUGACACCUUUACACUGGGCAGUAGAAAGGGAACAUGUAGAAGUAAUGCAUGUUUUAUUAGAACAUGGAGCAGAUGCAAAUGCAACUAGUAAAUUUGACAAAACACCAAUUAGUCUUGCAUUAGAACAUGAUAGACUAGACUUAGUAGAUAUAUUACAACAAGAAAGAGAAAUUGUAGGUAUUAAAGCACACCAACAAAAUCAAGCCAAUUCAGCAGAACUUGAAGUAGCAACUCAUAAUUUAAUACAAUUAGAAUCUGAAAGAGAAGAAGAACAAAAAUUUGAACUUCCACAACAAGAAUCGCAAUCAAGAAAAAAAAUUACACAAGUGCAAAUGGGGAAAAAACCACGAAUGAUUUUUCAACAAAUUCAUGUCGGACCAAAUGUUGAUGUUAAUCGGGAAAAGGAAAUUGAAAGCGUGAAUGAAAUCACUGAUGCAAAUAAUAUUAAUAACAGUAAAAAACGCAAAGAUGUUACAGCUAUUGGAGGAAUAAAUAAACAAUUUAGGUUAUUAGAAGCACAUGGAAUCACAAUGAUUCCUGUAGAUAAUGAUUCAUCUAUUGUUGAAAAUGCAAUGGAAAGCGGAAGAACAGUUGUUUUAACUGAAGCAGGUAAACUUGCUCUAAAUUUAACAAGAAAUUCUUCAAUAGGAAUGAAACGACUUCAUGUAGCUGGAAAAAAAGAGACUUCUAGGAAAGUAAUAGCAAUUAGAGCAGAUCAAAUUUUAAAUCACAACACACCUACUCUCGCAUCUAAAGGACCUAAUAUAUUAAAAAGAUCUGUGGAUAAUAAAACUGGAAAAUUAUUCAUUUCUUCAAUUUCUAAUACCACGCCUGUAUCAACACUUACACAAUCUAAAACUGUAAUAUCUCCUUCAGAGAGUAAGAUCAUUAAUUCGCCUACAAAAAUAACAGAACCAAUAAUUUUACAAUUGGACGAUGAUAUAGAAGAAAUUAUCGAAGAUGAUGUGACACAUAAUAAUGAACAAGUUAUGGACAUUGCGCUACUAAAUAAACAAUUAGCGGAAGCACGAAGACAAGCAGCUGAAUAUCGUAAACGACUUCAAAAGAAAGAGGAAGAAGCUGAAAUAUAUAAACAACAACUUAAAAAUAUUACAGCGCAAAGGGCAUCCAAGUGAUUUUAUGAGUAUAUAUUUUAUUUUAAGUUUUGUUUUUUGAACAAUCUUUUCUACAAAAAAAAAUCUUUCUCAGCUUUCAGCUUUGUACAAGAGCUCUAUUGAAAAUUGUAUUCUAGUAUUUUAAUAUAUUUUCUUUCGUUGUUUCAUCUUAAAAUAUUACAAUAGUAUUUAUGCGAGCUUUUCGUUACUAACUACUUAUUUUUGUACAGAUUAUUUUACGAAUAUAAGAUUCUUUAACUGUCUAUUAUUAAUACUCUUGAGUUAUAUCAGAAAAUUGAAUUAUUCGUUUCGCAGAAUAUAAUUAUUUAAUAUAAUAUGCGUUUUAAAAGCUGCGUAUUAUAUGUGUAUGUAUGCGCACGCACAUACGUAAGUAUCGUUGAAUGUGUGAUUAAGUCUGAUUUAUGCAGUACACAAAUAUUUUUUAAAAAUAAAUGUAGAUAUAUACAAACCAUCAAUUUGCUUUCCACAUAAUAUCUUGCAAUAGAUUAUAAUUUCUUAUGUAGUAUCACUAUUUUCAAAGUACUUUUUUACAUUAAACUAAAUAUCACACUAUUAAAAUAAACACAUUAUUUACUAA